AUGAUCGAUAUUUCUUUGCAGCAAGACCAGUUUGAGGUCGUCCCCGCCUUGGUUCAGCCAACCUUGGUCGAGGUCCUCAAGUCCCGCGUCAAGGCCGAGAUGGCCCUGGAUGUGGCCCUCCCCCAGGUCCACACCCUCCCCAUCGACCAGAUGCUCCAGGCCCGUUUGGCCUCUUUUGACCCCGAGAUGGAGGAUGCUGAGGCUGACAACGCCUUCUACAUUGCCGAUCUUGGUGAGGUCUACCGCCAGCACUUGCGCUGGAAGGCUCUCUUGCCCCGUAUUGAGCCCUUCUUUGCCAUGAAGUGUAACCCCGAUCCUAUGGUUAUGCGUCUCCUGGCCUCUCUCGGUGCCGGCUUCGACUGUGCUUCCAAGAACGAGAUCCAGUCCGUCCUCAACAUGGGUGUUGAUCCCUCCCGCAUCAUCUAUGCCAACCCCUGCAAGCAGAACUCCUUCGUCAAGUACGCCUACACCAACAACGUCCGCAUGAUGACCUUCGACAACGCUGAGGAGCUCCACAAGAUCAAGCGCUUCCACCCCGAGGCCCAGUUGGUCCUCCGCAUCUUGACCGACGACUCCAAGUCGCUCUGCAAGCUCGGACUCAAGUUUGGCGCUCCCCUCGACACCACUGGAUUCUUGCUGGCCACCGCUCAGGAGUUGGGAUUGAACGUCAUUGGAGUUUCGUUCCACGUUGGAUCUGGCUGCUUCGAUGCCAACGCCUUCGGCGAGGCCGUCAUCCGCGCCCGCCGUGUCUUUGACCAGGCCCAGGAGUAUGGCUACGAGUUCAACUUCUUGGACGUCGGUGGCGGAUUCCCCUCUGCUCAUGUGACCGAGGGAAUCACCUUCGAGAAGGUUGCCACCAUCUUGGGACCCACUGUCAAUGCUUUGUUCGGCCCCGAGGUUCGCGUCAUUGCCGAGCCCGGUCGCUACUACGUCGGAUCGGCCUUCACCCUCGCCACCCAGGUCAUUGCCCGCCGCACCAUUGUUCGCGAUCUCGCCGAGGCCUUCACCGCUGAGCAGAGCCACAACCCCUCGCACAUGUACUACAUCAACGACGGCAUGUACGGCUCGUUCAACUGCAUCAUGUUUGACCACCAAGUCUGCGAACCCAAGGUUCUUGUCAAGGACAACGCCUUCACCUACAAGCAGGUCGUCGCUGAGCCCCAUGGUUACGCCUCUGUCUGGGGCCCCACCUGCGAUAGCAUUGACUGCAUCUCGCCCAAGUCGAGCUUGCCCCUCAUGGAGACUGGCGACUGGCUCUACUUCGAGAACAUGGGAGCCUACACCAUCACGGCUGCCUCUCAGUUCAACGGCUUCCGCAAGAGUGAGAUUCUCUACACCACAUCUGAGCAGGAGGUUUCGCUUCAUUUUUAG